GUGGCCGGAAUGAGCCUUUAGGUUGGUCUCCAACCGUCAUUAAAAGACAGAAAACGAAAAAUCAGGAGAAAAAUAGGAAUUAUGUUGAUACUGCAACAUUUUUUUCAGGGCUAUUGGUCGGUGUCAGCGGAGAACGACCGGUGUCCGGGAAGCCCGAGUCAGCUCCCAGCCGGUGUGGGGAUGUUGUUCUUCGUUCUUUCGGCGCUGCCUUGCCUCGUCGGUGUGUUUGAUGCAGACGGUGCAAGAGAAGUGUUUGGAGUUAUGGGCUCAUCAGUUUUACUGCACCCAAACGUUACAAUUGAUCCGGACAAGAAUGAGAUCCUCUGGAUGUUCAUCACUGGAAACAAAAGUGCAGCCACUCUUGUACAUCACAUCCCAUCUUAUCCCACGGAGAUUUCAGAAGGCUUACAGUUUAAUUCUUCUAAUGGCUCCCUAGUGAUAAACAGAUCAGAACCUGAGAAUCAAGGAAUUUACAUCCUGACUGUGGACAGACGAGAGUUGGAACGGAUACGGUUGCUCCUCUUUGUUAAGCUAUCAGGUGCUUUUAUAUCAGCCAACUCCAGCUCCCUCGGUUCAGACAUCCAGCUCAUCUGUAAUGUCAGUGGAGAUCAUCCUGAGUAUCGGUGGUGGAAAGAUAGAAGGGAAAUCUCCUGGCAUCACUGGCUAAUGGAUGGGAACAGUACACUUAUUAUCCCUGGGGCUUCGGAAUAUGACUGUGGAAAGUACACCUGUGUGGUAUCCAAUCCUGUCAGUUCCAUCCAGGCAAUUCGCAGUCUGACUUUUCCUGGCUUUCCCCUUGACGAAAUCACAAUUGCUACUCUGUCGAUCACAGACCUGGUGAUUUCUUCAGUGUGUCUUACUGUGUUUCUUUCUCUGCACUGCUGGAUGAUGGAAUCAGGCAAAGCCAAGAAAAACCUAGAACUUUGGCUGCUGGGUCUGAAUGUUGCUGACCUUGCACCUCUUAUAGUCAUCUUUAUUGCUGUCUUAAACUGGAUUAGAAUCAAAGGUGCUGAUCCCGUACCAGUGGCAGCUUCCUGCAUAGUUUUCACCCAGUUUCUGGAUCUAUCCUUCAUUAUUCAGAAGUUAUGGUAUCUGUGUUUCAAAUGUUUCGCAAAAAAGACAGGUGUUUUGGAUUGGGCUGUAUGUGGUCUGCUUGUCAUUGUGAUCGUCAUCUCACUCACUUUCUUAAUAGUGAUUCAUCAAAACUAUCCAGGCUGUGACAGCAGCCUUAUUACCUGGAGAAUAUUCUUCACUACAAGGAUCGGGCAUGCAGUGUCCUUUAUCUUGUACUUUGUGGUCCCAGACUGUAGUGACAAAGGUAGAAGUGAGAAUGGCAGCACUGUCGAAGGAGCACAGGCUGGAAGAGAGGUUUUCACGGGCUUUUUGCCGGGGAGAGAAGACACGAAUGGAGAGAGCUGGUAGACUGCCGGACGGGGUGGACUUGGAGCGAGGGUCUGAAGGGCAGCGACAAUCGAAGGAGGUCGGUGGUGGACGAUCAACUUAUCAGUGAGCUCCAACAUUGCGCAACCGACUGUUAAAUAAGAUUGGGCCUUUUUUCUUCUUUUUUAAAUUUCUUUACUAACCAUAUAGUCAAAGUAAGAAUUAUAAAGCUUACUCAUGUAAUCACAUAUUGUGUACUGUUUGUUGUUUCGGGGUACUGAUUUGUAAAGGGACACAUCGCGCAGCAUCCACCCAAACGAGAUUUCUUAAGUUUGGCCGGGCCGAGUGCUAUCAUCCCCUAUAUUAAGCCACUAGCCGAAGCGAGAGUUACAAUUGUGGGGGCUACAUUCGGGAUUGAUUCCGUUGGAUGCUGUGUGAUUACACUGAGGAAUGAACCAGUGGGGCAGAUAUUUGUUAAUUGCACUGUUAAAUACUGUUGAAGUUGCAAUUGUGGGCGGAGGUUUGAUAAAAUGGCUGGCGCAGCUCUCAUUUUAAUGCAGACCAGUGCUGAUCUUGCGGUCGCUGGGGGUGGAGAGUUCAAAGACAGGGUCUGAGGAGUGAGUGGAAAGAGCGAUCGGAUUUGGAAUGUCUAAUUAGCCCACGUCCCCCGGUGAUGAGUGAGAAUUCUGAGUUAGAAUCCGCCUUUACUUCUCUGGCAAAUAAAUGGAAAAAUCAGUUUCUAAGUCCCAGUUAUGGCAGGCUCCGCCUAUUCUCGGAAUAACGCCCAUCCUCAAGGGGAUCGAAAUCAAGUGUAUUAUCACCGGCAUGUGACGUGAAAUUUGUUAACUUA